AUGAAGAUGUAUAUCACGUUGAUGACGGCAUAUGGUAAGACCGCAGGCAUCGAGUACAAGUUUGGCGGUACCGUCGCAAACACGCUGGAUGCGCAUCGAGUCGUCCAGUAUUUUCAGGAAGCGAAGGGCCCUGAAGUAGCGGAUAAGAUGAUCAAUUCGCUGUACUCGCAGUAUUUCGAACAGGAACAGCAUCCCUCCAAGGACGAGACGUUGCUCAAAGCGACAGCAGAUGCCGGCAUCCCUGAAGAGGAGGCGAGGCCCGUCAUUGAAGAUAAAACCGAAGGCUUGAUGGAUGUCAAGUCGCUAAUCGGCGACCAGGCUGUGAACGGAGUGGACAGUGUGCCGACCAUCGUCUUUGAAGGUAAGAAACGAGAUUUCACCCUCAUUGGGGCUAGAGAUGUGGAAGAGUAUGAGAAGACUCUGCACCAGGUAGCAAAAGAGAGCGUCUGA